AUCAUCGAACACAGGUGAAGAGACAUUAGUAUUCAAACUCAAUAGAAAGAGCAAGAAGCGAUCAAUCAAACCUUGUGACUAAGUAAACAUAGGAACAAAAGAACAAAAGAACGAAAGAACAAAGAACAAGCAAGCAAACAAGCUCACAAUAAUAACUCAAAAGAACAGCAGGAUAACAUUCUACUAACCAGCUAACCAGCCAACCAUGAGUGAGACUACCAGUACUGAGCCUAAACCCACAGCCGCGAUGGCAAAGCGGGGGACCAAGAGCGAGGAGAAGGUCAAGCCCGACACCGAUCAAAAUCUGUGCACUGCCACAAACAACACAAACGACCAGCCAUCGCUCAACAAAAAGAGCGUCCGCUUCGGAAGCGUCUUUGUCCGGCUGUAUGGGAUAACGAUCGGGUGCAACCCGGCUACCUCUCUCGGGGCCUCCGUCUGCCUUACCUGGGACUACGACGAACUCCUCCCGGAGCCGCUGGACACCAGGGAAGGGAAAAAGCCCAAGAGGAAAAAGAACACGUCCCCAUCCACUUUCUACCUGUCCUACUACCGCCGCGAGGGCAUCCUGAAAAGGGCUGGAUUUUCGAAGGAAGACUUUGAUCGGCACGAAAAGCUGAUCCAGAGAGAUCGCUUGAAGCGCAAGAUAUCGACCUACCAGUGCUAUCCGAUUCUCUUCGCCAAGAGCUUUGGUUUGAGCAGGGCCCGCCGUAAAUCGAGGACAUUUGUCAAAAAGUACAGAAAGGAGAAGAGAAACAAGAAGAAGCAAACUAUCAACAAACCAAAGGAACAAGCACGGCAAUAAUCGGAAACAUGACKUAUUGUGUGAUGUACACCCCUCUAUUUAUUCCUCUAUUGCAUUCGUAAAGUGUCGAAUAGCGCCGAACCGAACCGAGCGAAACCAAACAAUAAAACACAAACGGAACAAUUUUGGGAAUGAAUCAUUGCUCUCUUUUGCAUCACUACUGCAUUGUUUGCUGGUUUUGCUUUGUCUGAAGCCAUAAACCAACGCAAGCAAGCAUGCACGACGGUUGACACAGAGAACACGGUAUGUAGCAAUGGCAUCGAUCCGUGUCUCGAACGGCAACCGAGAUUCAUUUUGUUUUCCAUCAUCCCGUAUCUGCGAGGAAAAGCGACGAAACGAAACACUCGAUCCGUCAAAAUCCAUCUUCCUAAGCGGAUUGGGUUGAAAUGCAUUGUUUUUCAUUGCACAACAGCCGCUUCACUCCAAGAGCGAGCGGAACCCAAAGAUUUGAGCGAGAGCAAACAAAGUGUGCCGAUCCAUACUUCCGUCCAAUAGCGGCAAGUGGCAAGUAAGUCCAUGGUGCUACUUUUACUUUUGAGUGGUAUUGAAGCCUGUGCUAUCUGGCGACGAAUCUCUAUGGAUCGCCAAGAGGAAUGAAUCAUCCUUUGCAUACCACGCAAUAAAUAGAAAAUAAGUGU